GAGUCCUCUUCGGUUACAUUGGAGUGCUUGUCUUUGUUGCUCGCUUUUGUGAUUCAGGGCUUCUGCUUCCUUUUCCCUCCUACUCGCCACCUCGUAGCAGCGUUAAAUUGGGAUUUCACUGGAAUAUUAUUUGGGAACAUAUCAUGGAAGUUCUGCGCCCACAGCUUAUAAGAAUUGGGGGACGGAUUUAUAGGAAGAAUCCCAUUCAAGAACAGACUUACCAACAUGAAGAAGAGGAUGAGGACUUCUAUCAAGGCUUCGUGGAGUGUGCAGAAGAGCCCUGUGAUGGCUACGAGGUGGUGCAGACUGAACAAGGUUUCCAAUGUACGGUGAAGGCCCCCAGCCUGCUCUACAAGCAUAUAGUUGGAAAGAGAGGGGACACGAGGAAGAAACUAGAAGUGGAGACCAAAACUUCUAUUAGUAUUCCUAAACUUGGACAAGAAGGAGAAAUUGUAAUCACUGGCCAGCAUCGAAGUGGUGUAAUUUCAGCCCGAACUCGGAUUGAUGUUCUUUUGCUCACUUUCAGAAGAAAGCAGCCAUUUACACAUUUCCUUGCCUUUUUCCUCAAUGAAGUUGAGGUUCAGGAAAGAUUCCUGAAGUUCCAGGAGGAAGUACUGGAGAGGUGCUCCAUGGAUCGUGGAGUUGAUAGCAGUAUUUUCCAGAAUCCGAAAAAACUACACUUAACGAUUGGGAUGUUGGUACUUUUGAGUGAGCAAGAGAUCCAGCAGACAUGUGAGAUGCUAAAGCAGUGUAAAGAGGACUUCAUUGACGAUAUUUCUGGGGGCAAACCCCUGGAAGUAGAGAUGGAAGGGAUAGAAUACAUGAAUGAUGAUCCAGGCAUGGUGGAUGUUCUUUAUGCCAAAGUUCAUAUGAAAGACGGCUCCAACAGGCUGCAGGAAUUAGUUGAUCGAGUGCUGGAACGUUUUCAGGCAUCCGGAUUAAUAGUAAAAGAGUGGAAUAGUGUGAAACUCCAUGCUACCGUCAUGAAUACUCUAUUCAGGAAAGACCCCAAUGCUGAAGGAAGGUACAAUCUCUACACAGCGGAUGGCAAAUAUAUCUUCAAGGAAAGAGAAUCAUUUGAUGGCAGAAACAUUUUAAAGCUGUUUGAGAACUACUACUUUGGUACCCUGAAGCUCAAUUCAGUCCAUAUCUCUCAGAGGUUCACAGUGGACAGCUUUGGGAACUAUGCCUCCUGUGGGCAAAUUGACUUCUCCUGAAGUGGACCUUGGGAAGCAGUAGAAAUUGAACAUCUUCAUAAGGGCAGCAGCAAGAGAAACGAUGAUGGUAUCAGCAGGACUGUGCAGAGUUCUCUGGGAAGAUGUCAGCUGCAGAAGGCGCUCCAUCCUUGGUCCUUGCCGCAGACGCAGGCAGCAGGAGGGAGCUCUCAGCACAGCUCUGCCUGCCACUGCGCUCAGUGAUCCCCAGGGAGCCCCAGCCUGGCUCUUACCUUGUCACUGCUGCCUCCUCCUCCUCACAUCCUCUCUCCCUCCACGUCCUCCCCUGUUUCUUCUUCUCUUGUUCUUACCUUGCUUUUUACUUUCUGUUUAAGAAGUUGGGCUCUGAACCCAGUGUCUCAAGGUCACUACAUGGUGAGGGUUGUAAUACUCAGAUUUGUUUAGCACUGUGACUGCACAGAUAAGUUGUGAAUAAACGAAUUUCCAAAGUAA